AUGCAUCGUUACUCCCUUCAAAAGGUAGGCGAUGAGUAUGUAUAUACUCGCAUUUUCGAAGAGUGGGAAGACUCGGACUAUGAGGAUGGGGGCGAUGAUGAAGAAUUUGUCAUUAAUCAAGAAAUCGCUCAAUUGAUUGCCUGGAUAGAUCAAUCUGAGGAGUCUUUGCCCAUCAUCGAAGAAGUGCACGCUAGAUACCAUAAACCGGUCGGCAAACACAUAGCGGGUAACAGCUCUCACAGAAAUGAAGUCCAGCGUUUCUGGCUACUUGAAUGGCACAGCGCUCAGAAAGGAGGUAGCGAUCUCAGGCUUCCAGGAUAUGGUCUCCCCUUGAAUUUCGGCAUAAACAAGGAACGCCAUCCUUUCCUUCUUGGCUUGCCUGAAGAAGAUUGGAAGUCACGAACACUCAUGAACCGCGAAGUAUUCAUGAUCAAAUUGGAGGAGGGCAUCACAAACAAGCCACAUUGGUGGGAGAAAGUCUUGAAUGCUGAUAUUAUCUCCAAAUGGAAGCAAGAAGCGUUGCAAAUGCCAUGGGCAAGCUAUCAGCACAAUGGUGAUUUUACGAGCAAAAUGGCAGACAUGUGCUUCAAAGAUCUUGCAACCAGGGCUGGAAUUUACGAACAAACGAAGCAAAUUCCCGUGAUGGAAUCUUCCGCUUGUACCAUCGAGUCUAACGCGCUUCUCUCCAACGACUUAAUGCAGAGGCUCAGGGCUGCGGCUGCAUUACUUGAAGACGUUCCUAACUCCCAGCGAGACUGGCAUCCGGGAAGUGACGAGAUGGUUCUGGACCUUGUUCAUCCCUCACUCUGGCCGUUGGUGUUUGGCCGAUCUCGAAUUAUAUCUGGCAAAUAUGUAACCCUGGGCAAAUGCCCUGAUCAUUGCGACUCGGGAGAAAUCAUCCCUGAGCCUAAAAGGCCUGAUAAGAGAGCUCUGUCGCUGCGAUAUCAAUGGCUUCCAUGCGAUGUUAAUUUGACAGGUGGUCGACCACAAAUCAAGAGCUACAUCAACAAUCUUCACCCUGUCCGAUACAAAGCCGUAUAUUCUCUUGUCGAAGACCUCGUUGAGAAAUCCCUUCCGGCUUGGGAUAUUAUCUGCCGCUCAGCUCGCAAAGAGUUCAGGUUCAAGAGAUUUGGAACUGUUCAUGAAGUCAAGUGGACGUGCAACGUGCCCGAGAUUUGUGCGAAGAUGCAUGGCUGCUAUCCGAGUAGUAGAUUGUUCGCACAAGGCGAGGAUUACGACAGCGGGAAUGGUGGUCAGAAACUCGCAAGAUCAAAUGCCCAGAACCCUUAG